ACAGAUAUGCUAACCGACUUCUAUGCAGUCAAUGUAGCGAUCAUUUGACAUUAAUGAUGCGGCUUCUGUUCGUGCAGUAAACUCAGAUGAGGGGAAAGUUCAGCUUUUAUUUCGUUGUUAUUCCCGUCUCUUACUUUGUCUUUAGUGUGAAGGGGUGAUUUGUAUUUCUCUGCUUUUUGUCACUUUUACCCAGUGGAAUGAUAAAAGACGUUAAAACUCUAAAAAGGGAUUCCAGUCCAGGGUUUUAUAACGACCCCAAGAGAUUGUGACAGAAACGCCAGUGAUAGAUGAAGUGUUAUUAUUAUUGGUUUUCAAACUUCUUUUUUUUACUUCAAGGUCCCCCAUGCUUUUCCAUAUCAGUACUGUAAAGGGUGUAGGUUUGAGUUUGGCAAACAUAUGGACAUAACAGAAGACAAACAGCGUGCAGUUUUCUAGCAUAUUUACUUACAGUUAAUAUCAGUGGUACUGUAAGACCUAGUGUCCCUACUAAAUUUUGUGCCCUUGCUGCAAGUGAUGGGUGCAUUUGGAGCACUGCUUUGUGAAGCUUUGAAAUCUUCGUGAAUCAUUUGUUUCGAACCAGUGGUUCAGAGUGUGUAUCAAAUUGCUGGAGUUAAGUAAUUUCAGAGGCAUUGUUAUAUCAUUAUGGUGACACAUCCCAGAUAACACAUGCAUGUCUGCAAGAUGUCUGUUAAAAAUCACUUGAUCUGCUGUGUACAGACAUCUGACAGACAUCUGUAAGAUGUCAGUUUUACAUGCAUUCUAAAUCAAAAAGGUCUUAAAGACAUCUAAUAUACGUCUUUUUGACAUCUGAUAGGAAACAUCCAACAGACGUAUUGCAGAUAAGCAAACACUCUAAAAAAAAAAAAUACAUCUUGCAGGUGUAAAUGCAGACGUCAUGAUUUACGUGUGCUAUCAGAGAUUGCUGCCACAUACACGUUUCUUCCAUUCAGUUAUGUCGUAAUAAUGAAAUAUGUUAAAACAACAUAUUUCUUGUAAUAAUGAGAUAUGUCUUUAAAACUAUGUAUUUUGCAAAUGAUCACUCUCCUACACUAAAGAGCCAGAAUAGCUUUUAGCAUCAGCAUUUUGAACGUAAAUUAGGUGACGUAGAUUCAGGAUGGGGCGCAGAAUUCCAUCCUUCUUCAGGACAAGAAAAUAACAACUGAAGAAGCCACGAUUCAUGUUCAAAGAAGGAACCUCCUUUGCUGCUCCUUGCAGAACAUAAGCCUCUAAUACACUGUUUGCUAGAGUAGGAUGAACCCUGUUAAAACAGUGGAGGAUGUGACAAAGCUCUGGAAUCAGACCCCCCCCCAUGCGAAUAUGGUAUGAAGAAUAUGGUACGCCUCAAGAUUGCUUGGGCCCGUCUGCUCGCUGUCAGUAGCCUUGACAUCUGAACCCCAAGUCAUGGAUUCAUGAAAGGCCUCAGCGCCCUCUGAAGCAACAUGAUGGAGGACAGAGGAUGACUCUCCGUUGAAGACAGCAGGCCUUGCAUAGAGAAUUUUAAGUCUAAAAUUCUAGUCUAGAAGUCUAGAAUUUUAAGUCUAAAAUUCUCACAAAGCUUGCAACCAGAAGAGCGCCAUAAAUAGCCUUGCAUGAGUGAGACACGCCAAGACACACUUACACUCGCAACGAUGGCUGGGUGCACUGCACUUCACCGUGAGGAGACCAAAGUUCCACUGAAUGCAGUCACUGAAGUACAAAUAAGCAAUUUGGUCAAAUUUUUCCAGAAAGCACAGGCCAGGUGAACCACUUCUGAAGGGCUAAAGAAAAUCUAAGGAGCAGAUGGCGCGUUCACUAGUAUAAGAGCGAGCCAUCAUCCAAUAAAUUGGCGUGAUUCUAUAUGGUCUUCAAAGAAGUUUAUUCAGUUUAUUCAGUUGAUUUAAAGCAUCAAAACUGCAAGACAUUUCAUCACUUAAAGAAAAAACGUUUUUUAAAACCUUUUUUUAUUAACAAAACCAUUUGUUAAUGUUUGUGUUAUUACUCUUUUACUGCAUGUUAUUUAAGCAAAAAUACAUUUAAGAUAGAUUUAAAGUUUGUAAAAAAAAAAAAAAAAAAGUUUAAAGUAAAAAAAAGAAAAGUUAAAGUAUUGUAGUAUUUUUUUUAAUUUGAUGGUCACAGUCAAAUGUUAAUAAGGAGUCACUUCAGCCUUAAAUAGGAUCAAGCAUGAAGGCAAGCAGGAAAAUGAUUGUAAUUAGCCCAUAUUAACAUCUAAGUUGUGUUUCUGACCCAACAGCCAUCCUGCUUGUACUUGAUAAGUUUGCUUUAUUCAUUAGUUCAGAUGUCUAUCUUACAUCAGGCUGAAGGGGAUUAAAAGGGUCUUUUUCUCUAAAACCUGCUCAACAAUAAAACAAUAAUAUAGUAAACAUCAGUAGGAAACUAGGCCAUCACCACCACAUCAUGCAUAUCAGGCGCAACAGAAGUAUACCAUAAAAUUUCAUAACUGACAACAGUCAUGUGUUUGCAACUUCAAGAGUGUAAUAUAAGGAAAAGUGUGAAUUGUUCCACAUAUUACUGUAAAUGUUGAAAUUAAUGUAAUAUUUUUCAUUGUUAAUUCAUGUGAACUAAUGUAGUUAACACAUAUAUAUAGAUUUUAUCAAUUCAAGUAUACAAGUGUAUACAUAAACACUACUGUCUUUUGCUCACCAAGGAAUAUAUUGUAUUGGAAUAUAUUUAAAAAAAAAUGUCAUUUUUGCUGCAAUGCAAUGCUGAAUUUUCAGGAACAUUACUCUAGUCUUCAUUGUCACAUGAUCCUUCAGAGAACAUUAACAAUCAUUCUAAUGUUCCUAAUUUUCUGCUCAAGAAAUUUAUAUAUUACUGUCAACACUGAAAACAGACGUGCUGCUUAAUAUUUGUGUUGUCUUUUAAAGCUGUGUGAAACCUCUCUCUAUCAGUAAGCAUGGCAUCAGUGCUGUCACAGCUGAUGGGUCAGUGGAUGGAUGUUCAGGGUCUCCUGAUAUUUCUGUGUGUGCUGCUGCUGGUGAAACACCUGCGAGAUGUUUUUACAAACAACAUGCCACCAGGACCCUUCCCUCUGCCUUUGGUUGGAAACAUACUGAAUAUAGGCUUUAGUGAUCCACUGGGCUCCUUUCAGAGGAUUGCUGAGAAGUAUGGAGAUGUGAGCACACUGUAUCUGGGAAACAACCCCUGCAUCCUACUCACUGGAUAUGAGAGUUUCAAAGAGGCGUUUGUGGAGCAGGCAGAUAUCUUCACAGACCGACCGUACUUUCCUUUAGUUGACAAGCUUAGUAAAGGGAAAGGUCUGAUUAUGUCCAGCGGGCACAUGUGGCGUCAGCAGAGGCGUUUUGCUCUGGCAACACUCAAAUACUUUGGUGUGGGGAAGAAAACUCUAGAAAACUUCAUCCUGCAGGAGUGUCGCUUUCUCUGUGACUCUAUACAGAAUGAACGAGGUUUGCCCUUUAACCCUCAGCAUCUUGUAACCGAUGCAGUGGCUAAUAUAAUCUGUGGGUUGGUGUUUGGUCACAGGUUUGAGUAUGAUGACCAUAAAUUUCAUCAGAUGCAGAAGUAUUUAAAUGAAUUCUUACAGCUUCCAAUUUCGAACUGGGGUCGGUUAUAUAAUCAGUUUCCCACCCUCAUGUCGAUGCUGCCGGGAAAACACCAGACGGCAUUGGCCAGCAUUUCUAAACUUACACCCUUCCUGCAGGAGGAAAUAAGAAUACACAAGGAAGAAAGAGACCCGUCCAACCCCAGAGACUACAUUGACUGUUAUCUGGAUGAGAUUGAGAAGUGUAAGGAUAGUGCAGCAGAGUUCACAGAGGACAACCUGAUGUACUGUGUGGUGGAUCUGUUUGGAGCAGGAACAGAAACUUCCUCUAAUACACUCAGAUGGGCUUUACUCUACAUGGUCAAGUAUCCAGAAGUACAAGAGAAAGUCCAGUCUGAGAUUGAUCAGGUGAUUGGACAGACACGCCAACCACUGAUGGAUGAUCGGACAAAUCUGCCGUACACUUGCGCGGUGAUCCAUGAAAUCCAGAGGUUCGCCAACAUUGUUACCUUCACGCCUCCCAGAAUGGCCAACAAGGACACGACAGUGGGAGGACGUCUCAUCCCGAAGGGUAUGGUAGUGAUGCCAUUGCUGAAAUCAAUCCUCCAGGAUAAGAAUGAGUACAGCACUCCGUAUGAAUUCAAUCCUGCGCACUUUCUGGAUGAAAAUGGCAAAUUUGUGAAGAAAGACAGUUUCAUCCCAUUUUCAAUAGGAAAGAGGAUGUGUCCGGGUGAGCAGCUUGCUCGUAUGGAGCUCUUCCUCUUCUUCACAUCUCUGAUGCAGCAUUUCACCUUCCUGCCUCUUGAGGGACAAAAGUUGAGUCUGAAAGGAACUCUCAGUGUCUCGUCGGGUCCUGAACCCUUCCAGAUACGUGCUGUGCCUCGAUAGUGUGGAUUUUAAUCACUCAAAAAUCAACUCCGUUCCUGAAUCAUGUUCAAGCCACAGUGUUCAUUAUAUGGUUGUUCUCCCACAGGAACCCACAGCUAUGGCUCACAAACAUUAAUUACUGAAGGGGUGUAAUGUGUUUUUGAAAGGAAAUUGAUCUAAUUUUCUUCUCUUAGUACUACUUUCCUGCUCAUAUACUGUCUGGGCAUCAAAAUCUGCUUUCUGCAUUUAUUUGAUCAAAAAUACAGUAAUAUUGUUAAAUAUUAUUACAAUUUUAAACGACUGUUUUCUAAUUCUAUAUUGUUAGGUGUAAUAGGAAUAACCUAUGAUGCAAAGCUGAAAUUUUAGCAUCAUUACUCCUUAUAUGCUGAUUUGCUGCUCAAGAAACAUUUCUUAUGAUUAUUAAUGUUGAAAACAGUUGUGCUGCUCAAUAUUUUUGUGGAAACCGUGAUAAGUUUAUUUAGGAUUCUUUUAUGAAAGUUCAAAGAACAGCACUUAAAAUAGAAAUCUUUUGUAAUAUUAUAAAUGCCUUUGCACUCACUUUUGAUCAUUUUAAUGCAUCCUUUUUUGAAUAAAAGAGAAUAAAA